UGAGUAAAUAUGCCCUAUUGGGGCUGCUCUGCUCUAAAAGUCCACUACCUUAAUUGUCUUCUCUUAAUUUUCUUCCAGAAAAGACAAAUCGAAAUGAGAUAAAAAUAUGUGUUCAGUAUAUAAGUAUCAAACUCAUGGUUCAGAUCACACAAUCAGAAAGUCACACAAAAGUUAAUCUCUUCAUGGAUCUCUUCUCCUUCCUACAAGAUUAUACUCUCUUAGCUGGAGCUUCAGCUCUAAUUCUAGCCCUCUACUUCUUAUCAUUGGUACCUAAAACAGCAAAGCACAGAGUUGUGCCUGAAGCAAGUGGUGCGUGGCCUAUAGUAGGUCACUUCAACCUAUUCCGAGGAUCAUCGGACCUUCCCCACAGAGCCUUAGCAGCCAUGGCCGAAAAAUAUGGACCCAUCUUUAUGGUCCGACUCGGCAUACACAAAGUCUUGAUUGUGCAUAGUUGGCAGGUUGCUAAGGAGAUAUUUACCACCCAUGAUGUACAUGUUUCCUCUCGUCCAAAGUUCCUAGCAGCUAAGAUUUUGGGAUAUAACUAUGGGAUGUUCGGUUUUACACCUUAUGGUCCAUACUGGCGUGAAAUACGUAGGAUAGUUUCGUUAGAGCUGUUAUCAAGUCGUCGUCUUGAGCAGCUUAAGCAUGUUCCAAUAUCUGAACUUGAUAACUCGAUCAAAAACCUGUAUAAGCUUUGGAGGGAGAAAAGAGAUGAGCAGAAAAAGGUACUUGUGGAAAUGAAGAAAUGGUUUGGGGAGUUGAAUAUAAACGUGAUUCUUAGAAUGGUUGCCGGAAAACGGUAUAGUGGAGCUACGAGUAGCGAAGAAGAGAAAGAGAUGAAAAGGUCUCGUGAAGUUAUGAGGGAUUUUUUUCACUUCUUGGGGCUUUUUGUAGCGGCAGAUGCACUUCCUUUCCUAGGAUGGUUGGAUUUGGGUGGCCAUGAGAAGGCCAUGAAAAGAGUUGCAAAGGAAAUUGAUAUUAUGACGGGAAAAUGGUUAGAAGAACACCGUAUCAAGAGGAACUCUCAAGAAGCUGUCGAGGAUAAAGAUUUCAUUGAUGUGAUGAUAUCAGCAGUAGAAACAGAAGGCCUGAAGGAAUAUGAUUCUGAUACUAUUAUUAAGUCAACAGUCAUGGUUCUAAUUGCAAGCAGUGCAGAUACAACCACUGUGAUGCUAACAUGGACUCUCUCUUUAUUAUUGAAUAAUCCUCAUGCUCUCAAGAAAGCACAAGAAGAACUUGACAGGGUUGUCGGAAGGGAUAGACAAGUAAACGAAUCAGAUAUCACAAAUCUAGUCUACCUACAAGCCGUAGUAAAGGAAACACUGCGACUAUACCCCGCAGGACGUCUUGGAGGUCAAAGAGUAUUCUCAGAAGAUUGCACCGUUGCGGGCUAUCAUGUCCCAAAAGGCACAUGGUUGAUGGUCAACGUGUGGAAACUCCAACAGGAUCCCGAAAUAUGGUCCAACCCAUCAGAGUUUAGGCCGGAGAGAUUCCUUGAUGAGAAUCAUAAUCAUGUUGAUGUUAAAGGGGCACAUUUUGAGUUGAUCCCGUUUGGUGCUGGGAGGAGGUCUUGUCCCGGGAUAGCUUUGGCACUUCAACUGUUGCAUUUGGUUUUAGCUACUUUGCUGCAACAUUUUGAUAUUGGUACACCAGGUGGGGCGCCAGUGGAUAUGGCUGAGACUGCUGGCUUAACUAAUGCUAAGUCAUCUCCCCUUGAAGUUCUAAUGUCCCCACGAAUGUCAACUACUAUUUGGUAGUUAUGUACCUAAGAAGUGUUUCGAUGUACGACCGUAUUAAUCAGUUUGCUAUCUACUACCGUGUCAAAGAUAUCAUCUACCAUUUAGUAGUUAUGUACCUAGAAAGUGUCAUCUACUACUGUUUGUGAGAGAUGUCAUUGUCGUAUAUACUUGUAUUGUUACUACGGAAGCCUAGUACAGGACUGAAUUAAACUUAUUGAUA